AUGAACAAGUCCUCUGCUCUCUUCAAAAACAUCCCCCGGAGUAUCCUUAACCCUUUGAAACAUAGAAAAUGGAUAGACCUACAACCUCUAAAAGUGGUGCCUCCUUCUCAGAAAUUCAAAAUGAUGAGCUUCAACAUGCUAAACCAAUCUUAUAUGUGGCCACAAGUAUAUGACUCCUACGUGGAUCCUGAAUAUAGAAGCUGGGACUAUAGAGUGAAGCUAUUGACAAAUAUCAUCAAUAACAAAGAGGUGCAAAGUGAUAUCAUGUGUUUCCAAGAAAUGGAAACUGCAGUGUAUCAUGAGUUUUGGAAUCCAAUGAUGCAACAGAGAGGAUUUGAUAGUUGCUUUAUUAAGAAGACGAAACCGGUUUAUUGGGAUAAAGAAUCAAAUCAUAUUGAUGGGGUUUCAAUUUUUUAUAAUACAAAGAAAUUUGAAUUAUUAGAUAUGAAGAAAUUUCAAAUAUCAAAAUAUUUUAAAGAUGAGUUUGAGAAUUUAUAUGAUUUGAAAUUAAAUGAUUCUCAAAUAAAUACUAUCUUCAAUGCAAGAAAUCAAGUUGGAUUGAUUGUGGCAUUGAAACAUUUAGAUACUGAUCAAAUCAUAAUAGUGGCUAAUACUCAUCUUUAUUGGAAAUAUAAUGAUAUCAAAUUAUUACAAGUUAUGGUGUUAUUAGAAGCUUUAAACAAAUUUAAAAAUAGAUACCCUGGUUCCAAAAUCUUAUUUAGUGGUGAUUUUAAUUCAAGACCAAAUUCUUCAGUCUAUCAUUUCUUAAAAAAUGACAAGAUUGAUACUUCAGAUCCAGAUAUUUCAAAAUAUUUAACUGAAAAGACUAAAAAAUUUAUAUUAAAUCCAGUGGAGAUUCCAAAUAACGUUUUUGAAAAAAUUAUUCAACAAGAUAAAUUAUUUACAUGUUUUACACAACAUUUAUUUGGAAUUUUUGAUUAUAUUUGGUUUAAUGAUAAUGAUUUCCAAUUGUUAAAGUUUUUAAGUGGUGUUGAUCAAGAAUAUUUAUCCAAGAUUAAAGGUUUACCAAAUGAAGAAUUCCCAAGUGAUCAUAUUCCAUUAGUUGCAGAGUUUGAAUUAAAGAUAUGA